AUGGAGAGGACUGUGUUGUUGCUUCACUUGGUGCCGAAUUUGAGGUCGGAUGAUGAUGAUAAUUAUAUGGGAUUCGACGAAGAUGCUUUUCUUAGGGAAGAUGAAAGUGUAGAUAGUACAGGAGUAGCUAGUAUAGUUGAUGUCUAUGUCAAAAGGGGGAAGGGCCUGCGUGUUCAUGAGCUUGCCUGCCUGGCUUUUUGUCGAGCGCUUGAUUUGAUUCCAUUCCUGUUGGGGGAUAUUUUAAAUUAUUUUAAAGUCGCUCCUGCUCCAUUCGAACGGAUUAUGCAGCAUCAAUCAGUUGCCGAGGCAUUAGCUAUGGGACCACAUCACUUGUUAAAUGUUGUCCGGGCAUCUUAUCGUUUUCUCACUUUAGAGCCGGAAAUUUUCACUACAUUGUGGGAUUGGUCUUGUAUUUUGAACCUCAUUCAGCAAUCCAGAGAUUUUACCACAAAUGAUGCUGGUCUAAGGAAUAUUAUGAGUGACCUCAGAUGGUGCAGCAUGGGUAUUUUAUCAGUGGUUUUGAAGUUAAGUUUUAAAGCAUCUUCAAACGUUGAUCUCGACUCUGAAGAAGCUUUUCAGAGUUUUCUGCGCUGGCAAGAAUUUUGUAUGGAUGUUUCUUUGGAGAAAGGGGGUUGGUAUCUUGAGUCUUCUGUAGAAGAAGCUGAAUCAAUGGUUGGAAGAAAAGGCGGCUCUUCACAGCUUAGUUCUUUAUCCUCGGUCUUUUCAUUGGCUAAUAGGACUGCCCAAUCAAAUCAGAUUGACAUGCUGGUUACAGGGAACCCUGAACCUCCAUUUGUUUUGACAUCCGCUAUGACAAAAAGUUUUGAGAUGGUCUCUUUAGCUGUAAAUCAAAGGUGGCCUGUACUUCUAUAUGGUCCUGCUGGUUGUGGUAAAACUGUUCUUAUUAACAAAUUGGCACAUGGUUAUGGUAGCAGAGUUUUGUCCAUUCACAUGGAUGAGCAGAUAGAUGGGAAAACACUGCUUGGAAGUUAUGUUUGUGCGGAGCAACCUGGUGAAUUCAGAUGGCAACCUGGUUCUCUUACUCAGGCUGUUCUGAAUGGUUUUUGGGUAGUCUUCGAGGAUAUUGAUAAAGCACCAUCUGACAUUAUGGCAAUCUUAUUGCCAUUGUUGGAGGGUGCAAUUACAUUCUCCACAGGCCAUGGGGAGGCAGUAAGAGUGAAUGAGAGUUUUCGGCUUUUUUCUACUGUGACCAGAUUGAAUUCCGACGCAUCUCGUUUUACUGAAGGUAGGAAUUCACUCGGUGCUGUUUGGCGGAAGGUGAUGAUUGGCCCACCCAGUAAACAGGACUUGAAACAUAUUGUGCUGGAGUGGUAUCCAGAGUUGGAGUAUCUUGCACAAAAUCUUAUAGAAACCUUUGAAAGAGCGAACCAGCUUAUAAGAUCCCAGUUAGGAUUAGCAGCAUCUUCAAGUUAUCACGACAGAUUUACACUAAGGGAUCUUCUCAAGUUGUGCAAAAGAGUUGCAAUUUCAGGCGUUUGUUUCGGACAGGACAAUCUUUCUACUUCUGCAUGCGAGAAUAUCUGUAAAGAGGCCAUAGAUGUAUUUUCAUCCUUUUCUACUUCUGCUGGAAAUCGCUUGGCUAUCAUGAGAGAAAUUGCAAAAUUGUGGACUGUUCCAGCAGCUGAAACAUUGUAUCCCAUUAACAAGCCCAUUAUGAAGGAAUCGAAGUUUGAGCUUCAAGUAGGACGUGCUAGCCUUCAACAUGCUGAAGUGAAUUCCAAUCGUGGGAGGAAGCCAUUUGUUUUACUUCGUGCUUCUGUACAUGCUCUUGAGAGGAUUGCUUGUUCUGUUAAGUUUAAUGAGCCUGUAUUGUUGGUUGGUGAAACGGGUACUGGUAAGACCACUCUUGUACAGACCCUUGCAACGUUGCUCGGUCAGAAACUUACAGUUUUGAACUUGAGUCAGCAAAGUGAUGCUGCUGACCUGUUAGGUGGAUUCAAACCCAUGGAUGCACGGUUUGUUUGUGCUCCACUUUAUCAGGAGUUUGAAAAUCUAUUCACUAAUACCUUUUCGUCAAAGGACAAUGAAAGAUUCCUUGUAGAUUUAAGGAAAUCUCUUGCCGUAAAGAAUUGGAAAAGGUUAUUAGGUGGGUUUCAGAGAGGCCUCCAGAAGAUAGUCGAAAUAGGAAAAUCCAGUCCUGGUAAGAAGCGAAAGAGACCCUUAAGUCCUGACCUACUGAAGGCUUGGGAAAACUUCUCAAAGAAACUUGAAAGGGCUCAUUCACAAAUCAGUGCAUCGGAUGGGAUGGUAUUUUCAUUUUUCGAAGGAGCUUUUAUCACUGCCUUGAAAAAUGGCGAAUGGAUAUUGCUAGAUGAAGUCAAUUUGGCUCCUCCAGAGAUCUUGCAGCGAGUUAUUGGGGUCCUUGAAGAUGAGAGAGGGUCAAUAUGCUUGGCUGAAAGAGGGGAUAUUGAUUAUGUUAGCAGGCAUCCCAACUUCCGCAUGUUUGCAUGCAUGAACCCUGCGACUGAUGCUGGUAAAAGGGACUUACCGAUUUCUUUGAGGAGCAGAUUUACCGAAUACUUUGUUGAUGAUGUGUUGAAUGACGAGGACUUGGUUUUGUUCAUUGAUCAGUUUAUUGAUGAUGACCCGAUGUUCAGAAGAAUAAUAAGUAAUAUAGUGCAGUUUUAUAAGGCAGCAAAGGAAUCUGAAGAAAGACUGCAGGAUGGGGCUAACCAGAGGCCUCAUUAUAGUUUACGGUCCCUGUACCGUGCGUUGGAAUAUUUGAAGAAGGCGAAAAAGAGAUUCGGAUUUGAAAGAUCUCUUUAUGAUGGAUUUUGUAUGUUCUUCCUGAAUUCAUUGGACGACGUUAGCGCAAAGUUAAUGAACAAUCUUAUCUGCAAGCUUUUGUUGGGAGGUGGAACACCUCCACCACUCUCUUUUGAUUCGUACCUAUUGAAAGGGCACCCGAAAGACGAUAGUAUCUUAGAGAGCUAUGUCCUGACAAAGAGUGUCAAGGAACAGCUUAAAAACCUUGCUCGUGCGAUUUUUAUCGGACGAUAUCCGGUCUUGUUGCAGGGACCCACCUCUAGUGGGAAGACUAGUCUCGUCAGGUAUCUAGCGGCAAUAACUGGUCAUGAAUUUGUAAGAAUCAAUAAUCACGAACAUACUGAUCUUCAGGAGUACCUUGGUUCUUACAUUACUGAUUCGAGUGGAAAGCUGGUUUUCCACGAGGGGGCACUCGUGAAAGCUGUUCGCAAAGGCCAUUGGGUUGUUCUUGACGAACUGAACUUGGCUCCAUCAGAUGUGCUCGAAGCAUUGAAUAGAUUGCUUGAUGAUAAUAGGGAGCUUUUCGUUCCUGAAUUACGGGAGACAAUUCGUGCUCAUCCAGAUUUUAUGUUGUUUGCCACCCAAAAUCCACCUGUCGUUUAUGCGGGUCGCAAGAUGCUCUCUCGAGCAUUCCGCAAUCGUUUUGUGGAGAUUCAUGUGGAUGAAAUCCCCCAAGAGGAGUUGAGCACGAUUUUGGAAAUGAGGUGCAAAAUUCCUGGAAGUUACGCGAAGAAAAUGGUUGAUGUCAUGAAGGAGUUGCAAAUGCACAGGCAGAGUAGUAAGAUAUUUGCUGGAAAACAUGGGUUUAUUACGCCACGCGACUUGUUUAGGUGGGCUGAGAGGUUUAGGGCAUUUGGUAACUCCUAUGAAGAUCUAGGUUAUGAUGGUUACUAUUUAAUGGCUGAAAGGCUGCGUGAUGACACUGAGAAGCAAAUUGUCAAAGAGGUUCUGGAGAGACAGCUAAGGAUCAAGUUUUCUGCUGAUGACUUAUACAAAAAGGAAGGCAAAAUUGGAGAUAGUGCAUUGACGCCAGAUAAAUUUACAUCGAGCUCAGGAAGCGUUGGGAAAGUGAUUUGGACAAAUACUCUGCAGAGAAUGUACUUUCUGGUUGAGCGGUGUUAUAAGAUGCGUGAGCCUGUCCUCCUUGUUGGAGAAACUGGUGGAGGGAAAACAACUGUGUGCCAAUUGCUUAGUAUCAUGUUGAACUCCAAAUUACACGUAUUGAAUUGCCAUCAGUACACAGAAACAUCUGAUUUUCUCGGGGGCUUUUUUCCUGUUCGUGAUAGAUCGAAAAUUGGCAAAGACUUUGAAAAUCUUUGUGAGAAGUUGACCCAGUCGAAGGCUCUUAUCCACUUCCCCAGAGAUGCUAAAAUUUCAGUCGACAUCAAUCAGGCAUCUUCUACUGUUACUAUGCUCUCCAGUAUCAUCAAGAGUUACAGAGAGCAUUCCGUUUCCCAUCCAGAAGUCGGUCUGAAUGAACUUGAAUAUUUAGAGAAAGUAUACCUGGAUUUGUGUCAGCUUCAAAAGAAGUGGCAGACUCUUUUUAUGUGGCAAGAUGGUCCACUUGUUGAAGCCAUGAAAAACGGUGACUUGUUUCUUGUGGAUGAGGUCUCUUUAGCUGAUGACAGUGUUCUUGAAAGAUUGAACAGUGUUUUGGAACCUGAAAGGAAACUGUCAUUGGCUGAGAAAGGAGGCUCUCAACUUGAGAAUAUAAUGGCUCAUAGCAAUUUUUUCCUCUUGGCCACAAUGAAUCCUGGUGGAGAUUAUGGUAAGAAAGAACUUUCCCCUGCCCUUCGCAAUCGGUUUACAGAGAUAUGGGUUCCUUCUGUUGGCGACAUAAAUGAGCUUAAAAGUAUUGCUCUUGAGAGAGUUUCAAACUCAGAAAUUGCCCACGUUGUAGAUGCCAUGCUAGAUUUUUGGGAGUGGUUCAAUAAUUUACAGACAGGAAGACUGCUUACCAUAAGAGAUCUGUUGUCUUGGGUAUCCUUCAUCAACACAACGGAGAGAAGAUUAGGGGCUGAAUCUGCAUUUGUACAUGGGGCAUUCCUUGUUUUGCUUGACGGCCUUAGCUUAGGUACAAAUAUAUCAAAAACUGAAGCGGCAGAGAUGAGGCUAAGAUGCCUUUCUUUCCUGCUGGAGAAACUCAAGGAACACAAGCCAAGUUUUGAUUCUUCUAAUCUUGAGGAACUAGCGUCUUAUGGUUGGUCUGAUCCUGGAAGUUUGGCAGUUCUAGAUCCUGCUGAUAACAUGGAGUGUGACAAUCUCUUUGGGAUUCGUCCAUUCUAUAUUGAGAAAGGUAGCGACUUUAUUGGUGGAGAUGGUUUUGAAUUUCGAGCCCCUACCACUUGCAGGAAUACUUUGAGGGUGCUGCGUGCAAUGCAGCUUAAUAAGCCUGUAUUGUUGGAAGGAAGUCCGGGUGUUGGGAAAACAAGUUUAGUCGCUGCAAUUGGCAGAUCCUCUGGACACACAGUUGUACGAAUUAACUUAUCUGAGCAGACGGAUAUCAUGGAUUUGUUGGGAUCAGACUUGCCGGUUGAAAGUGAUGAAGGAAUACAGUUUGCUUGGUCUGAUGGUAUCCUACUUCAGGCUUUAAAGAAGGGUUCAUGGGUUCUGCUGGAUGAACUUAACCUUGCACCGCAAUCUGUUUUGGAGGGUUUAAAUGCCAUUUUGGACCAUCGAGCUGAAGUUUUCAUUCCUGAGCUGGGCUGUUCUUUCAAGUGUCCAUCAUCUUUCAGAGUUUUUGCAUGCCAGAAUCCAACCUACCAAGGUGGUGGUCGGAAAGGCCUUCCCAAGUCCUUCCUCAAUAGGUUUACUAAGGUCUACAUUGAUGAGCUAGCAGAUGAAGAUUAUCUAUCUAUAUGUAGCUUCCAAUUUCCAUCGAUUGAAAAAUCUCUCUUGCUGAAGUUGGUCGUGUUCAAUAAGAGGUUACACCAGGAUACUAUGGUGCAUCACAGAUUUGGUCAGGAUGGUUCGCCAUGGGAGUUUAAUCUUCGUGACGUUAUCCGUUCUUGCCAGAUCAUCCAAGAUGCCUCCGGUAAGUCAAAUCCUGACUGUUUCUUAAGCUCUAUUUACCUGCAAAGGAUGCGUACCUUGGCCGAUAGGAAAGAAAUUCUGAAACUGUAUGAGGAAAUCUUUGGAGUGAAGCCAUUUGUAAAUCCGUACCCUAGAGUGAAGCUCAAUCCCGACUCAAUGGUUGUUGGUGAGGUAAGUAUUGAUAGGCAUCUAUGUCAGUCUUCUGGUAUGUCCAGUGAUAACCUCAAAAUCCUGCCUGGCUUAUGCCAUUGCUUAGAAGCUGUUAGUCAGUGUGUAAAGCACCAGUGGUUGUGCAUAUUGGUUGGUCCUCCAUCUUCUGGGAAGACAUCGUUGGUAAGAUUGCUAGCUGAGCUGACUGGAAAUGUACUAAAUGAACUGAAUCUUUCGUCUGCGACUGAUAUAUCCGAACUUCUUGGAUCCUUUGAGCAAUAUAAUGCCUCCCGUCACUAUCAUCUUGCUAUUGCUCAAGUUGAAAGAUACAUGAAUGAGUAUGGCAACUUGCAACUGGAAUUUUCUUUCGAUGCCUUCCUUCGAAGGAAGGAUCUUACUUCUCGAUGGCUUGCCUUCUUAUCCGGCAUAAAUAGUUCGGCAACAUUUAUUGAUGACUCAAGGAUGAGAGAUUCCAUUUCACAUCUGGUAGAUAUUAUUGAAAAUCUAAAGGUAGCCAUUGACCAACAAGCAUUGCCUUUGUCUUGGUCCCAGAAGGAUCUCGACCGAACUCUCAUCAUGAUAAGGAAGUUGGAAGAAGAUCAACAAAAACGGAAACACUCUGUGAGAUUUGAAUGGGUAACUGGAUUGCUGAUCAAGGCCAUCGAAAAUGGAGAAUGGAUUGUCCUCGAAAAUGCAAACCUCUGCAAUCCAACGGUUCUGGAUAGGAUUAAUUCGUUGGUUGAGCAAUCUGGAUCUAUUACUAUUAAUGAGUGUGGAACUGUGGAAGGAAACCCAGUGAUUGUUCAUCCCCAUCCUAGAUUUAGAAUGUUUCUCACUGUUAAUCCUAGCUAUGGUGAAGUAUCUCGGGCGAUGCGAAACAGAGGAGUGGAAAUAUAUUUGAUGCACCCGUGGUGGAUGAUGGACCCGGUAUUUUGUAACGAUGUGGAUGAGAUUGAGCUCAGAGAGGUGAAGAGAUUCAUUGCCCUCUGUGGAAUUCCUGUGGGUAAGUUGGUUGAUAUGAUGGCCAAAGCCCAUAUUUAUGCUAAACAUGAAGGAUCUUCUCUUGAUGUGAGUAUCACAUAUCUUGAGCUUUCACGCUGGGUGCAGCUAUUUCAACGGCUGAUUCAAAAUGGCAACCAGCCUGCCUGGAGCAUCCAAAUCAGUUGGGAGCAUACAUAUCUUUCAUCUUUUGGUGAGGGAAAAGGAAAAGACAUAGUUUCUCGAGCUUCGGUUUCAUUUUUAUCAGCGUCAGAAAUUUAUAGAUUCACUUUGUCAGAAGAUUUCUUGCUAUGUUUACCAGGAGGUUGGCCAGCCCCUCUGAAAUUGAGGAGUUAUGUUUUACACUCGAGAGAGACUUGUGUUAGACAAAGUAUAAUGUAUUUGGAAUCAAUGGGAUCUCUUAUUGCAUCACAUAUGUUUAGAAGUACCUUGAGCAGAGGUCCAAAAGGAAAAACUCCUCUGGCAGGAGUCUCAAAGAUGAUUCAUUUAAUGGAUGCUACAUUGUUGCAUGGACUCAUGUAUCCCAAAGAUCCGAAUGGCUUGCUUGAAAACUUUGGUGCCCAUAAUGAUCUGGAUUUGGUUUUAGCCCAGAAAAAGCUUGCCUUUGCUGCUGAUUGGGCCAUUGAACAGGCUACUGAAAGUGAUUAUCAGUUCUACAUCUGUUGGUUUGAGUGGUUUGGUUCUCGGUUGCAGCCAUUCGUUUCAUUCUUCAAUGUGUUUUCUGAUAUGCUGAAGAAGGAGCUGCAACAUUCUAUUUGGACAAGAAUAUUUGAGUUACACAAUGAGCUUAUGUCCCAAAAAGCAAUCGAUAAGUCUCUUCCUAUACUCACAAUGGAAUUGGUUGAUGAAUGCCAGUCUGUUGGUGUUUUAAAUUUGUGCCGUGUCCUAAGAAACUUGAUUAAGUGUGUUGGUCUAUUGAGACGUAGCUUUCAACAGUGGAAUGUAGAGGAUGGUUAUGGUCAUCAUUCCAAAAUUCAGCCUUUCAUACCUGUUUUGACUUCUCUACGAAAGGUGGAGGGAAAAGUGCUUGACUUGCUUGUUGAAUCAUGUACUUUUGAUGUACUUCUUAAGUCAUACAGUGAUCUCUUAGAACAUCAUACACUGUUUUGGAAUAGUGUUACUUCAUCUCAGAUUGAUCGGCGUCUAAUCUCUUGGCGAUCUUUAAUGAAAGAUGCAAUGAGACUGCAGGGUGUUUGUCCUGCAGAGGCCAAACUACUUGAGAUUGAGAUGGAAAAACUGGAUGACAGCCUAUCUUUGUGUUUGAACUCAAGCAAGUCUUUGCUCUGGAGAUAUGGUGGACACCCAGUUUUGCCUUCAUCUGUUGACGUAUACCAAAUACAGCGCCGAAUUUCUGACCUUUGUGAAGAGAUAUGGCCGAGGAAAAACAAGUUUAUCAAACUAGAUGAGGAUGAACUGGAUAAACUUACAGUAGAAGGAGCAUUGUUUUCUAACGUGGAGCUACGUGAGAAUGCUAUGGAAGGGGUUUGCAUGUCAUCAUGCAUUGUUGGCGAAGCUGAUUAUAGCGACACUGAAAUUAUCCAGCGUUUGGAAGAGAUGUAUCGGUUGCUUUUGAGAAAGUCGGAUUAUGAGAAGCAGAAGUUGGUUCUGAAAUUGUCUACAACUAUAGAUGCACCUCGACCAGCACUCUGUUCUGCAUGUUGUGUCUUUAGCCCUGAUGUAAUUUGUAGAAGGUCUGGCUUGGAAUGUUGGCUGAAAGCUCAACCUGUACUUGAUGAGACAAGCCUCUGCCUUGAUUUGGAGUUGUUGCAACAUCUUACAAAGAUCGCUGUGGUCGACAGUAAAGAACAGCAUAAUGCGUUACUCGGGCUGUCGAGCCUUUUGAGGUCAUCUUUGAACUUCUCGUUGUGUUAUUCAUCAAGGCCUCCAACUGACUUUUCACCUCACAACAACAUUUUGUGGAUCCUAGAUGCAUGGGAAUCAGUCCAUGGAGCAAAUGAAAAAAUUUCUGCUUCUAUUCUGGAUAUGUGGUUUAGAUGGCAUGCAACUCUAUGGGAACCCUGUCCGAUGCUUGCAGAGAUGAUUCCUGAUGAUAAUAUCUUUGGAGUUCUGCUCCCCCACAAGCUCUUUUGGCCUCUGAAAUUGGCAGCAGUCAAGCAAAUUCUGCAAAAUCCAUAUCCCAUUAGAGAUUACCACUUGUAUAAGUACAAGCUUAGAGCUGCUUCACGUAAUAUUUGGCGAAGUUCUAUAAAUAUGUCAAAUUCACACGAUAUGCUUCUCUCCGUUGCACGGUCUCUUGUUCACCAGAUAAUUUAUGCACACAAGAAGUCAUAUGAUGAUUCAAACUAUGCCAAAAUACGUUCCGCUCUCCAGCAUAUCCAGUCAUCCAGGACAUGGCUACAAGAUGUGAAGGAUAUUGUUUCACUUCUAGCGUCAUCCAACCAUAAUGUAUUCAAAUCUUUGAUAAGUUCUUAUGUUGAGCCGCUGCUUGGUGAACUAUAUCCAACACACCCUUCUGAAGAUAUCCAUAACCUUGGGUGUGCAUGGUUGCGGAUUGGAGGGUUACGCUAUAAUCUCUUAAUAUGCUGUGAUGAUCUGGAUCCCACUUUAAAAUACACUGUCAGAUAUUCAGAAUUAUCUGAGAAGAUAGCAUUGCUUGAGAUUGAGAUUGAGGUCCGGAAAGAGUGCAUCUAUUUAGCUGGAAAUGCUAAUCAGAGAGAAGCUGAUAUUUACAAGAUAAAUUUGCUAGAAGAACUCAAAGCUGAAAGGAGAAAGCUUCAUAAAAAGAUGGUGUUCCGUCCCAAUCCAGAAAAAUAUAAGGAGUUGAAGCAUAUGUGUGAUGAGUUCCUUGUGUUGGUUACAUCUAUUGUUGAAUGGACCAAUAAUCUCAAAAGCUUGAGAAUAGAAGACAUUACUGGCCAAGUCCACAAUUGGCAGGAGAUCACUUCACGCUUCAUUGAUCGGUUAGCAAAUGAAUACUCAUCAUACGCAGAUGUCAUUGAACCUGUGCAAGUUUCGGUAUAUGAAAUGAAAUUAGGUUUGUCAUUAAUUGUGUCUGGCCUACUCUAUAAGCACGUGGCUAAAACCGGUGAAGAGAAUACGGAUUCUGUUCUGAGCAUGGUUCAUAAAUUUGUGAAAUUUCCAAGGCUGUGUGCGUCUAGAGCUGUUUCGGUCACUGUUGGGAGGCAACCCUUACUUUUUACCCGUGAUAUUCAAAUGCCGAUGAGUAUCGAUGAAGUAGAUACGAGUAUGCUGCACAAUGUAAUUGGCUUUACAAUUGGUGCUGUUUCAGACAAAGAGAAUCUUUCUUGUGCACUGGACUCAACCCUGCCAUGGAAGGUUUCCAUCUACCACAAUGUUCUUGCUCGAAUCAAACAUUCCUCUGCCGAUGCUGGUUUUCUUGGUGGUUUUUCCUUCAAGCGUGUACUUGAAAUCUUUGAAGACAUUGCCGAUUUCUGGAUAAAGAAUCGCUCAAAGCCAACUGAUGAGAGCAAUGCGCAGCAGUUCAAGUUCAGAGCCAGAGUUUUUAAGAUGGAGAGUAUCAUUGAUAUUGAUGUAUCAAAUUGUGCGAAUUUACUUGCGAAUGAUAGCUUCUCAGAGUGGCAGGAACUUAUAGCUGAAGAACUAGAUGAGAAGAUAAGAGUUAAUAAAGAAGAUGACGCUUCGGAUCUUAACUGGAAAGCUGAGGAGUCCGAUUUAGAUGGUAUUGUCAACAUUCACAAUCAGUUAUUUGGUUCUGUGGAUCUUGUUCAAAGACCUGGCAGUAUUCAAGUGUCUGACAUGGAUAGGUUGUCUUCCUUUGUUGGCUCUUAUAAGCUGGGACUGAAAAUGACUGAAGAUCUGAAAGGUUCAUUUUCCUCCACUUUCGAUGCCAAGAUUGCACCUGAACACUUGCUCCGUCUUUGCUUGGAGCAUGAUGAUAAGAUUACUCUUUCGCACAAUUCAGCUCGUACCUACAACUUUUACAAGGACUCAAAUUCCCCCAUGAUGGCUAAAUUGGUGGAACCAAUUUCAGUUCUUAAACAGCGCAUUCUUGUCUAUCUGAAAGAAUGGGAUGAUCACCCUUCUCUCCAAAAGAUUAUAGAAGUUAUUGACAUGAUCUUAGCACUACCUAUCGACACAUCUCUUGCUAAGGCUCUCUCUGCUUUGGAAUUCCUCCUUGAUAGAGUUCGGAUUGUGCAAGAGACUGUAGCAAAGUUUCCUCUGUCGGAGCAAUUGGAAACUAUUUUUGCUUUAGUGUCCUCAUGGCACAAGUUGGAGUUUGAAUCAUGGCCUACAUUGCUUGAUGAUGUUCAAUCUCAGUUCGAGAAUAAUGCUGGAAAACUGUGGUUUCCAUUGUAUCCCAUUUUCCAACAAAUAGAUACUACCGAUGUUGAUCAACACAAUAGCUCAAUGAUUGAAAGUUUGGAAGAAUUUUUUAAGACGUCCUGCAUCGGAGAAUUUAAAAAGCAACUUCAGUUACUUCUUUCUUUCCAUGGACAAAUUAGCAGUGAUUUGAUGUGGAAAUCUUGCACAAGCCCCUGCCAAGAGGAGAAUAAGAAAGUACUCUAUAACACCUUUGGCUUCUACGUGCAACUGUUGCCACGAAUCCUGAAACAUAUUGAAACAAAUAGGAGCAGCAUUGAGAAAGAAUUGAAUGAACUUAUGAAGUUGUGCCGUUGGGACCGCAUUGAGAAUUAUUUGGCCAUUGAGAGCUUCAAAAGAACCAGACUGAAACUAAGGAAGAUUGUAAAGAAGUAUACG